AUGAUUCCAAAUCAUAUACUAAUACUAGGACCAUCAUAUUCAAGUAAAGUACAAAUAGCGAAUCUCAUUGCUAAGAAAGACGAGAAAUCCAAUGAAGAACAGGAGCAAAAUGAUAAGAUUAUAAAGACUUCUAUAACUACUAAAUACUAUAGUCUUGAUUUAAAUAUAUUCAUUGAUGAAUACUUUGAAACUAGAAAGAGUCAUCCUUUAUCGGAUCGAGAGAAGUUAGAUGCAUUGAUUAAAUGGAGUGAUGAGUUUUUAUCGGAGGAAUGUGUUGAUUUGAGAGAAGUGUUGGAUGGAUUUAUAUUCUGUGUUUCCUUCAGUGAAGAUAGUGUCGAUUAUAUACUGAAGGGGAUCAAUAUUAUAGAUACCAUACGAAGUAAAUUGGUGGAUAAUGAUAAAUUUGAAGGAUUUUUCACUAUAAUAGGAUCCAAUUAUCAUUCUGAUUCUGAUGUAAAUGAAUCCAUCGAAGAUUUGAUUAUUUCAAGUGGAUAUGAAUAUAUAAAUUUUGAUAUACUGGGGAAGAAUGAAUAUGAUGAAACGAUUGGGAAGGAUAGAAUCAUAGAAUUGAUUGAAUCAAAUGAAUGGACUCAUAUGAAUUUAAUUAAACAUAAUGAUUAUGAAAAUAGUAAGAUGCAGAAGUUAAAUGAUAUGACUAAAGGUUUAUUAAGUCAAGAUGAUAAUGAUGAUGGUGAUGAGAAUAAUAAUGCAUAA